CUCAGUCCCUAGAGCUCCAUCUGUCCGGCUUCAUGAGGGGCUGGACCGUGCGUCAGAAUGCACCUACAACUUGUUCUCAUGAUAACUUUGUGUAUUCUUCAUUGCGAUUGUCAAGGUCCGGCUUGUGAGGUCGGCUCUUUCCGGUGUGGGACGGGUCAUUGCAUUCCGGCAAGCCAAAGAUGUGACAGCACAUCGGACUGUUCGGACAGCUCGGACGAAUUCGGCUGUUCCCAGCCCACCUGCGAGAGCGGCCAGUUCCAGUGUCUGAGUGACGGCGAGUGCAUUCCACAGCACUGGGUCUGCGAUGAUGAGGAGGAUUGCGAGGACGGAUCCGAUGAAAGACAGCGCUGCCCUGGCAGGACGUGCUCCGCUUCUCAGUUCACCUGCACCAACGGAGCCUGCAUCCCAGGAGCGUACAGGUGUGACCGUGUCCCCGACUGCCUCGAUGGAGCGGAUGAGAGGAACUGCCUCUACCCAGAAUGCUCGGAGCUGAGGUGUGCGAACGGCGCGUGUUAUAACAGGAGCCAACACUGUGACCAGGUGCUCAACUGCCGAGACGGAUCGGACGAGGCCAACUGCACCCAGCGGUGCAGCAGCAGUCAGUUUCGCUGCAGUAACGGAGAAUGUGUUCCACGCGGCUACGUCUGUGAUCAUGAUGAUGACUGUGGUGACAGAAGUGAUGAACAGAACUGCACUUACCCGACGUGCAGAGGAACAUACUUCACCUGUCCCAGCGGUCGCUGUAUUCAUCAAGUGUGGCUGUGUGAUGGAGAAGAUGAUUGUGAAGAUAAUGCAGAUGAGAGAGGCUGUGAUAAUGCCCAGCAUGAGUGUUAUCCCGGAGAAUGGCCGUGUCCGUCUUCUGGUAUCUGUAUCGCUCUGGAGCAUCUCUGUGAUGGAACGUCACACUGUCCCGAUGGAGAAGAUGAAACAAACAGCACUGCUGGACGCAACUGCAGUAUUUGGCGCUGUGCUUCUCUAAGCUGUGAACAUCACUGUCACGCCUCACCUGACGGAGGAACCUGUGCCUGCCCGACAGGAUAUGUGGUCAGUCAGAACGACAGCCGCUCCUGCAUCGAUUAUGAUGACUGUACUCUUUGGGGUAUGUGUGAUCAGCUGUGUGAGGAUGGGAUCGGAACCCAUCGCUGUAGCUGUCGGGAGGGAUACGUCCUAGAGCAACAUCGAUACUGUAGAGCGAAUCCUUCAUCUGGUGUUCCCUCUCUGAUCUUCUCUAAUGGACGAGAUCUGUUGAUGGCUGAUGUUCACGGACACAACGCUCAAACUCUGGUCCAGUCUCAGAACAGAGGAGCUGCUGUCGGUGUGGACUUCCACUAUCAGCUGCAAAGGGUCUUUUGGACCGACACCAUCCAAAAUAAGGUGUUUUCUGUGGAUAUGGACGGCUCUCAUCUUCAGGUGGUCUUAAACGUAUCCGUCGAUUACCCUGAGAAUCUGGCCGUGGAUUGGGUGAACAAUAAGCUGUACGUGGUGGAGGCCAGCGUCAACAGAAUCGAUAUGGUGGACUUAGACGGGAGCAAUCGCGUCACGCUGAUCGCAGAACACCUGGGAAACCCGAGAGGUCUCGCUCUUGACCCAACCGUGGGGUACCUGUUCUUCUCCGACUGGGACACUCUGAAUGGCGAACCCGGUUUAGAGAGAGCCUACAUGGACGGCACCAACCGCUACGGGAUCAUCAGGUCCAAACUCGGCUGGCCCGCCGGGAUUACUUUAGACCUCGAGGCCAAGAGAGUGUAUUGGGUGGACAGCCGAUACGAUUACAUCGAGACCACGACUUACGACGGUCUGCACAGGAAAACGGUGGUCCAUGGUGGUUCGGUGAUUCCUCAUCCGUUUGGCAUUACUCUGUUUGAGCAUUCAGUUUAUUACACUGACUGGACCAAGAUGGCCGUUAUGAAAGCUAAUAAAUACAACGACAACAGUCCACGAGAGCUCUACAGGACCUCUCAGAGACCACACGGUCUGACUGUGGUUCAUGCAUACAGACAGCCCUUUGCGAGUAACCCGUGUGGGACUGACAGAGGAGGAUGUGAACACAUCUGUGUUUUGAGUCACAGAACUGAUAAUGGAGGUUUGGGAUAUCGCUGCCGAUGCAGAAUGGGCUUCGAUCUGCACGCUGACGGCAAGAGAUGCGUCUCUGUGAGGCAGUUCCUGCUGUUCUCCAGUCAGCUGGCAGUGAGAGGAAUCCCCUUCAGCCUCUCCACACAAGAGGACGUCAUUCUGCCCAUCACAGGGACGCCGUCAUAUUUCGUUGGAGUGGACUUCAGUUCUGCAGACGAUUCCAUUUUCUUCUCAGACACAGUGAAGGACAUCAUCUACAAGCAGAAGGUCGAUGGAACUGACAGGGAGGUCCUCGCAGCCAAUCGGGUGGAUGGUGUGGAAGAUCUGGCUUAUGACUGGAUCUCAAAAAACCUGUACUGGACGGAUCCGCGAUACAGGAGUAUAUCUGUCAUGAAGAUAGCGGAUAAAUCCAGACGGGCCAUUGUACGCAACCUGAACAAUCCCAGAUCCAUAGUGGUGCACCCGGUGGCUGGCUAUAUAUUCUGGACUGACUGGUACCGUCCUGCUAAGAUUAUGCGGGCGUGGGGUGAUGGGUCACAUGCUCAGUCGAUUGUGAACACAACUCUCGGCUGGCCCAAUGGUCUGGCUAUUGACUGGAGUGCCAUGCGUUUGUAUUGGGUUGAUGCUUUCUUUGAUAAGAUCGAGCACAGCAACUUUGACGGCCAAAACAGGUUGUCUUUGGAUCGUAUAACUCAGAUCUCCCACCCGUUUGGACUGACUGUUUUUGGAGGUUACGUGUACUUCACCGACUGGCGGCUGGGGGGAAUCGUGAGGGUCCGUAAAACAGACGGAGGGGAGAUGGUGGUCAUCCGCAGAGGGAUCAGCCACAUCAUGCAUGUCAAAUCUUUCAACGCUGAUUCUCAAAUCGGAUCUAAUUUCUGCAGCCGGCAAACCAAUCCCAAUGGAGACUGCAGUCACUUCUGUUUCCCUGCACCGAAUUCUCAACGGGUGUGCGGCUGUCCGUACGGCAUGAAGCUGGAAGCCAAUCAGCAGACGUGCGUGGACGAUCCGUCCAAUGAGCCGCCGACUCUCCAGUGCGGCUCAAACUCCUUCUCCUGUGCCAACGGGAAGUGUGUUCCUCAGACCUACCAGUGCGACGGGGUGGACGACUGUCAUGACAACAGCGAUGAGAUCAACUGCGGAGCUAUCAAUAACACAUGCUCUCCCACCGCCUUCACGUGUGCCAACCAGCGCUGUGUGCCCAGGAGCUGGCGCUGCGACGGGCACAACGACUGUUUCGAUGGCAGCGACGAGAGCGACUGCCCCACACGGACUCCUGGCACUUGCCAAGCGGACCAGUUCAGCUGCGCCAACCAUCACUGUAUCCCUCGCACAUGGCUGUGUGACACAGAUAAUGACUGCGGAGACGGAUCGGAUGAGAGCAACUGCGAUUCCAUCGGCACAUGUUACCCCGGGCAGUUCCAGUGUCCCGACCACCGCUGCAUUGACCCCAGUUACGUGUGUGAUGGAGACAGAGAUUGUGCGGACGGGGCAGACGAGCGGGGCUGUGUAUACAACUGUACAGCUUAUGAGUUUAAGUGUGCCGACGGACAUCAGUGCAUCAACUCUUAUUAUCAGUGUGACGGAGUGUUUGACUGUAACGAUCGCUCCGAUGAAUCUGGAUGCCCCACCAGACCGCCGGGCAUGUGUCACCACGAGAGUGAGUUCCAGUGCCAGUCAGACGGCAGCUGUAUUCCCUCGAACUGGGAAUGUGACGGGCACCCGGACUGUGAAGAUGCUUCGGACGAGCAUCACGCGUGCCCGCCGCGCACGUGCCCCUCCUCUCAGUUCCGGUGUGAUAACGGCAACUGUGUGUUCCGCGGCUGGAUAUGUGACGGAGAUAAUGACUGUCGCGACGGCAGCGAUGAGCGGGACUGUCCCACGCCCCCCUUCCGCUGUCCCAGCUGGCAGUGGCAGUGCCCCGGGCACAGCGUGUGUGUUAACCUCAGCAGGGUGUGCGACAACACCCCAGACUGUCCUAAUGGAGCGGACGAAUCCCCCCUUUGCAAUGAACCCUUACCAGAUCAAGAGAGCUGCUCUGAUAACAAUGCUGGCUGUACUCACGGCUGUAUCCAGGGUCCUUUCGGUGCCCAGUGCACGUGUCCCAUGGGCUACCAGCUGAGUAACGACUCAAAAACAUGCGAGGAUGUGGAUGAAUGUCAUCCUCCAGGUGUGUGCAGUCAACACUGCUUCAACGAGAGAGGAUCCUUCCGAUGUCACUGUCAGGAUGGAUACACGCUGGAGGCCGAUGGACGCACAUGCAAGGCUUCAGGAUCCCGAGAGGUGUCGCUCUUAGUGGCCAGUCGGAGCCAGAUCAUAUCAGACGACAUCGCCUCGCAGCCAAACGUCAUUCGCUCUUUGGUUCGAGAUGGUCGUAACAUCGUGGCUGUGGAUUUUGACUCCGUUACGGAUCGUAUUUACUGGUCAGACACCACCCAGGACAGAAUAUGGAGCGCUCACAAGAAUGGAAGCGACCGCACUGUGAUCUUUGACAGCGGCGUCACUGUGACGGAGAGUCUCGCUGUCGACUGGGUCGGCAGAAACCUGUACUGGACCGACUACGUGCUGGAGACCAUCGAGGUGUCCAAACUGGACGGUUCCCACAGAGCGGUGUUGAUCAGUGAGAACGUGACCAAUCCCAGAGAUCUGGUGCUGGACCCGAGAAAUAACACACAUCUGAUGUUCUGGACGGACUGGGGAAGAAAUCCUCGUGUUGAAAGGGCCAGUAUGGAUGGAAAGUUAAGAACCAUAAUCAUCGGUACCAAACUUUACUGGCCGACCGGUUUGACUAUCGACUAUCCCAAUAAUCUGCUGUAUUUCGCUGAUGCUUACCUGGACUUCAUCGACUACUGCGAUUAUAAUGGAAAGAACCGGAAACAAGUGUUGGCCAGUGAUUUGGUACUGCAACAUCCCCACUCAAUUACGAUUUUUGAGGAUUUUGUGUAUUGGACUGACAGAUUCAUCAACCGUGUGAUCCGGGCCAACAAGUGGCACGGUCAGAACCAGACGGUGAUGCUGUAUAAUGUGCCUCAGCCCAUGGGCCUGGUGGCGGUUCAUCCUGCCAGACAACCUGCAGGUUAUAACCCCUGUGACCCUCACCUGAUUCCUUGUACUCAUAUCUGUCUCCUGUCAGCGAUUGGCCCCCGCUUCUAUUCCUGCGCCUGUCCAUCUGGAUGGACCCUCGCUGCUGACCUCUUCACCUGUGUAAGAGUCGAGGAUCCGUUUCUGGUGGUGGUGCGAGAUAGCAUCAUUUACGGUAUCCCGCUGAAUCCCAAUGACAAGAGCAACGACGCCAUGGUACCGGUUGCCGGGCUGCAGAACGGAUACGAUGUUGACUUUGAUGAUGCUGAGCAGAUGAUCUACUGGGUGGAAAAUCCGGGUGAGAUUCAUCGGGUGAGGUCGGAUGGUACUAACCGAACUGUGUUCGCCCCGGCAGCCAUCUUGGGUUCUCCGGUGGGGUUGGCUCUGGAUUGGAUGACACAGAAUCUGUACUACACAAACCCUUCCUCACAGUCUAUAGAGGUUCUGAAACUAAAAGGAGAAUUUCAGUACAGAAAAACUCUCAUCACUAACAACGGCUCACCCACUGGUGCAGGAGCUCCGACCGGCAUCGCUGUGGACCCGGCCCGAGGAAAGCUGUAUUGGACUGAUCAGGGAACAGAGAGCGGGAUACCAGCCAAGGUCGCGUCCGCAGAUAUGGAUGGAUCCAAUCCCAUGAUUCUCUUCACUCAUAAUCUCGAACAUGUAGAGUUUAUUACUAUAGACAUCAAAGAGAAUAAACUCUACUGGUCCGUCACUGGAACUGGUGUGAUUGAGCGUGGCGACGCAGACGGGUCAAACCGCAUCACUAUGGUUAACGGGUUGUCUCACCCAUGGGGCGUGGCCAUGUACGACUCCCACCUGUAUUUCACGGAUCGAGAUUUUGAGGUGAUCGAGCGUGUCGACAAAGCCACGGGACUCAACCGGGUCGUGAUGCGGGACAACGUGGCCGGUCUUAGAGUUCUUAAAGUGCACUACAGAGACUCAUCAGCAGGUUCAUCUAACGGCUGCACUAAUAACAUGGGAUCGUGUGAGCAGUUGUGUCUUCCGCGUCCCGACGGCAUGUUCAGCUGCGCUUGCGCAACGGGCUUCAAGAUUAACGCUGAUAACAGAACGUGCGCUCCGUAUCAGUCAUAUGUGGUCAUCUCAAUGCUGACUGCUAUCAAAGGCUUCAGUCUGGAGGGAGACGAUCACUCAGAGUCCAUGGUGCCCAUAGCAGGGAGAGGUCGUAAUGCUCUUCAUGUAGACGUGCACAUGGCUUCUGGUUUCAUUUAUUGGUGUGACUUCAGCAGCACGGUUGUGUCUCAGAACGGAAUCCGCAGGAUCAAACCCGACGGCUCAAGGUUUCAUAGCAUCAUCACCUCCGGGAUCGGAAGAAAUGGGAUUCGGGGCAUUGCUGUGGACUGGGCCGCUGGAAACCUCUAUUUCACAAAUGCCUUCUUGACAGAGACAUACAUCGAAGUCAUUCGACUGAACACCACCUUCCGUCGCGUACUUCUCAAGACUCAAGUGGACAUGCCCCGUCACAUUGUGGUGGACCCCAAAAACAGAUACCUCUUCUGGGCGGACUAUGGACAGACCCCUAAAAUCGAGCGAGCCUUUCUAGAUGGUACAAACCGGACGGUGCUGGUUUCCUCUGGCAUCGUCACCCCCCGGGGUCUGGCUCUGGACCACCGUGACGGAUACAUCUAUUGGGUGGAUGAUUCACUGGACAUGAUCGCACGGGUUCGGCCCGAAGGGGGCGAGACGGAAGUGGUGCGGUUCGGGAGUCGCUAUCCGACUCCGUAUGGCGUCACUGUGUUUGAGGGUAAUGUGAUCUGGGUGGACAGGAACUUGAAGAAAGUUUUCCAAGCCAGCAAACAGCCGGGAGUGUCGGACCAGCCGAUGGUGAUCAGAGACAACAUCAACUUGCUGAGAGACGUCACCAUCUUCGACCGAAGGAUGCAGCCGAGUUCAGCCCACGAGCUUAACGGCAAUCCCUGUUUGGAAUCGUACGGAGGCUGCGCUCACCUUUGCUUUGCCAUCCCCGGCACUCAGACCCGGAAGUGCGCCUGCACGUUUGGGAAUCUGGCUGCAGAUGGCAGCAGUUGUGUGGUAUCUCGAGAUGACUACCUUAUAUACACCACAGAAAGCACGGUACGCUCCCUUCGGCUGGAUACGGAGGACCACUCACUGCCCUUUCCUGUUGUCAACGUGGCGCGCACGUCAGUGGCUCUGGACUUUGACCGGUUGGACGGCAGGAUCUAUUUCACUCAGAGCUCUGGAGCGGGCCGGAGCAAGAUCAGCUUCAUUACUUUGGCCUCACCGACCUCCCCUGCCACAGAAGUGGCUUCAGAUUUAGGAGCUCCUGACGGUAUCGCGUAUGACUGGAUCAAUAAGCGGAUCUAUUACAGCGAUUAUAUAAAUCAGACCAUUAGCUCGAUGGCCGUGGACGGAUCUCAGCGGACAGUCGUAGCUCAUGUCCCCAGACCCAGAGCCAUCAUGCUGGAUCCAUGUCGAGGGUACAUGUACUGGACCGAUUGGGGAAGCAGUGCUAAGAUCGAACGCGCGACACUGGGAGGAAACUUUAGGACAGAGAUUGUCAACACCAGUCUGGUUUGGCCAAAUGGUCUGACGCUUGACUAUGAAGAUCAGAGGCUGUACUGGGCAGAUGCCAGCUUACAGAAGAUCGAGAGAUGCUCUCUUACUGGAGCCAACCGUGAGGUCAUCGUAAGUACCGCCAUCUACCCGUUUGCCAUGACGGUAUACGACCAGCAUAUCUUCUGGACAGACUGGAACACACGCAGCAUCUACCGCGCAAACAAACACGACGGGUCGGACCAGAGGGUGAUGCUGCAGAACCUUCCGUCCCGCCCCAUGGACAUCCACGUGCUGUCCAACAGCAAACAGCAGCAGUGCAGUAGUCCCUGCGAGCAAUUCAACGGCGGCUGCAGUCAUAUCUGCACACCAGGUCCUCAGGGAGCAGAGUGUCAGUGUCCCUCAGAGGGCCGCUGGUAUCUGGCUGAAAAUAAACACUGUAUUCCUGACAAUGGCACGCGCUGCCAAGCGGGUCAGUUCAGUUGCAUGAACGGCCGCUGCAUUCGAGCGCAUUGGAAAUGCGAUAAUGAUGACGACUGCGGUGACGGCAGUGAUGAACUCGAGAGGGUCUGUGAAUCGAAGAGUCAUUUCGUGUUUGCAUUUCACACCUGCGAGCCCACAGUGUUCACCUGCGGAAAUGGCCGUUGUGUGCCGUAUCACUACCGCUGCGAUCAUUACAACGACUGCGGGGACAACAGUGAUGAGACGGGGUGUCUGUUCCGCCCCUGUGAUCUGAACACAGAGUUCACCUGCAACAACGGCCGAUGCAUCGCGCAAGAAUACGUCUGCAAUGGAAUCAAUAACUGCUUUGACAACGGGACGUCUGAUGAACAGAACUGCCCUGAUAGAACGUGUCAACCAGAACACACCAAAUGUCAGAGCACAAACAUCUGUAUCCCACGCACGUACCUGUGUGAUGGAGAUAAUGACUGUGGAGACAACAGUGAUGAGAGCCCCACACACUGCGCUACAUCCACGUGUUCUCAGAAUGAGUUUCGCUGUUCGAGUGGACGCUGUAUUCCCGGUCACUGGUACUGUGACAGAGGGACGGACUGUAGUGACGGUUCAGAUGAGCCUCCGACCUGCACCACCAUGUUGAGAACAUGCAACUCUGAUCAGUUCAGCUGCGAUGACGGACGCUGCAUCGCUUUAUCUUGGAUCUGUGACGGGGACAACGAUUGCGGGGACAUGAGCGACGAAGACGAGCGGCACAACUGCGCUAAUCGUUCCUGCUCUCCUCAGGAGUUCACCUGUAUCAAUAACAGGCCCCCUCAGAGAAAGUGCAUCCUGCGGGCCUGGGUGUGUGAUGGAGACGCCGACUGUUCGGACGCCUUCGAUGAGCAUCAGAACUGCACACGCAGGUCCUGCUCCGCCAGCGAGUUUACAUGCGCCAACGGCCUCUGCAUCCGCAACUCAUACAGGUGUGACCGUCGCAAUGAUUGUGGCGACAGCAGCGAUGAGCAGGGCUGCACGUACCUGCUGUGUCAACAACAUCAGUUCACCUGUCAGAACGGCCGCUGUAUCUCACAGGAUUUCAUCUGUGACCGGGACAACGACUGCGGCGAUGAAUCCGAUGAACUCGAUCACCUUUGCAGGACUCCAGCCCCCACCUGCCCACCUGGAAACUUCAGGUGUGACAACGGAAACUGUGUGUCGCUGAGCAAGGUGUGUGACAGAAGCGACGACUGCAAUGACAACAGCGAUGAGAAAGGAUGUGGCAUCAAUGAAUGUACCGACCCAUCCAUGCACCACUGUGACCACAACUGCACCGACACGCCCACCAGCUUCAUCUGCACCUGUCGCCCCGGUUACCACCUCAUGUCCGAUAACAAAUCCUGCGACGAUGUGGACGAGUGCUCCGUCACACCCAGCGUGUGCAGUCAGGUGUGCGAGAACACCUUAGGGUCGUACGUGUGCAAGUGCGCGCCCGGAUUCCUCCGAGAACCCGACGGACGCAGCUGCAGACAGAACAGCAACAUCGCUCCAUACUUGAUCUUCAGCAAUCGCUAUUAUCUGCGGAAUCUGUCCACAGACGGCGAGGCGUACUCGCUCAUUCUGCAGGGCCUCAGCAGCGUGGUGGCUCUGGACUUCGACCGGGUGGAGAAACGCUUGUACUGGAUCGAUGUGAGCAGGAGGGUGGUGGAACGGAUGUUUUUUAACGCCACGGGCCGAGAGGUCGUGGUGAAUGGAGUUUUGCAUGGGGAAGGGCUGACGGUCGACUGGGUCGGAAGGAAGCUGUACUGGGUCGACAGCUUUCUGGAUUGUAUGAAGGUGUCGGAGUUGGACGGGCGGUUCGUGAGGAAGCUAGCAGAACACUGUGUGGAUGUUAAUAACACGUACUGCUUUAAGAACCCAAGAGCCAUUGUGGUGCAUCCGAAGACUGGGUUUGUGUACUGGAGCGAUUGGGGAGAUAAAGCUUUCAUCGGUCGUGUUGGAAUGGACGGAAAUAACAAGUCAGCCAUCAUCACGACUAAGAUCGAGUGGCCCAACGGUCUCACCAUUGACUACACCAAUGACAAACUCUACUGGUCUGACGCUCACCUCAACUACAUCGAAUUCUCUGAUCUAGAUGGACGUCACAGACACACUGUAUAUGACGGCGUUCUGCCUCAUCCAUUCGCCAUCACUGUGUUUGAGGACAGCGUUUACUGGACGGAUUGGAACACUCGCACCGUGGAGAAGGGAAACAAAUACGACGGGUCAGGACGGCAGGCGCUGGUCAACACCACUCACCGGCCCUUCGACAUCCACGUGUGUCACCCCUACCGUCAGCCCAUAGUGACGAAUCCCUGUGCCGUCAAUAACGGCGGAUGUUCUCAUCUGUGUCUCCUGCGGGCCGGAGGUCAAGGGUUCACGUGCGAGUGUCCCGAUCACUUCCUGACAGUUCAGAUUGGGGGAGUGGCCCGCUGUCUAGCCAUGUGUUCCAGCACGCAGUACAGAUGCGCUGACAACGAGCGUUGUAUUCCUAUCUGGUGGAAGUGUGACGGUCAGCGAGACUGUCGAGACGGAUCAGACGAGCCCUCCACGUGUCCCGUACGCCACUGCAGACUGGGUCAGUUUCAGUGUACCGAUGGAAACUGCACCAGCCCGCAUUUUCUGUGUAACUCCAACCCGGACUGUCCCGACGGCUCCGACGAGGACACGGUGCUGUGUGCGACGCAUCAGUGCGAGUCACAUCAGUGGCAGUGUGCAAGCAAGCGCUGCAUCCCCGAGGCGUGGCAGUGUGACGGUGAAAACGACUGCGGUGAUGAGUCUGACGAAGACCCCGCCCACUGCUCCAGCAGAACCUGUCGACCCGGACAAUUCAAGUGCAGGAACGGCCGCUGCAUCCCACAGAGCUGGAAAUGUGACGUGGACGACGACUGCGGUGACAACUCGGAUGAGCCCAUCGAUGAGUGCAUGGGUCCGGCGUACAGAUGCGACAACCACACAGAGUUUGACUGCAGGACAAACUAUCGCUGUGUCCCUCUGUGGGCCGUGUGUAACGGCCAGAACGACUGCAGAGACAACAGUGACGAACAAACCUGUGAGGAGUUGACCUGUGAGCCGACGGGUGAUUUCCGCUGUGACAACCACCAAUGCAUCCCACUGCGCUGGCGCUGCGAUGGAGACAAUGACUGCGGCGAUGAAUCAGAUGAGCACAACUGCGCUCCUCGUCCGUGCACAGAGAGCGAGUUUCGCUGUGAUAACCUGCUCUGCGUUCCUGACCGCUGGGUUUGUGAUCACGACAACGACUGCGAGGAUAAUUCAGAUGAGAGGGACUGCGAGUUGCGGACGUGUCAUCCGGGUUACUUCCAGUGUGACAGCGGACACUGCAUCGCCGAACGCUUUAAAUGCGACGGCAACGCCGACUGUCUCGACUACACCGAUGAAAGUUCCUGUCCCACACGCUAUCCAAAUAGCACAUACUGUCCUCCGUUCCUGUUUGAAUGUAAGAAUCACGUGUGUGUUCAGCCGCACUGGAGAUGUGAUGGAGAUAACGACUGUGGAGAUCAUUCAGAUGAAGAACUUCAUCUCUGCUUGGACAUCCCGUGUGAUCCUCCGUUCAGAUUUCGUUGUGACAACAACCGUUGCAUCUAUAGCCACGAGCUCUGUAACUCUAUAGAUGACUGCGGCGAUGGCACCGAUGAGAGGGCGGAGCAUUGUGUGACUCCGACUCACGGGCCGUGUUCUUCAGAUGAGUAUAAAUGUGGGAACGGUCACUGUGUUCCUCUGCAGUACGCCUGUGACGACUAUGAUGAUUGUGAAGAUCAGACCGAUGAACUGGGCUGUCACAACGGCAGUGGUCGCUCGUGCAGUGAAGGUCUUUGUGAACAUAACUGCACAGAUUUAUCCAGUGGCGGUUUCAUUUGCUCGUGCCGCGCGGGAUAUAAACCCAACUCUGAGCACAAGAUCACUUGUGACGAUGUGGACGAGUGUGAGAUUUUCGGGACGUGUCCUCAGCUGUGCAGGAACACUAAAGGAUCUUACGAGUGUUUCUGCGCCGAAGGUUUUCGAUCCGUGAGCGAGCAGCCAGGAGCCGAAUGUGCCGCUGAGGGGAAUCCUCCGGUGUUGUUGUUGCCCGAUAACGUGCGCAUCCGUCGCUUUAAUCUGUCCAGCGCGCAGUACUCCGAUUACCUGGAUAACGCCGAACACAUUCAGGCUCUGGAUUAUCUGUGGGAUCCCGAGGGUCUCGGGCUCAGUGUAGUCUACUGGACAGUGUUGGGGCGAGGGUCCGAGUUCGGUGCCAUAAAGAGAGCGUACAUGACCACGUUCGAUGAUCACGGGAAUAAUCCGGUGAAAGAGAUGAACCUUAAUCUCAGAUACAUCUCCAGCCCCGACGGCAUCGCUGUGGACUGGAUCGGGCGUCACAUUUACUGGACAGACGCUGGAACCAAUCGGAUCGAAGUGGCUACACUGGACGGGCGGUACAGAAAGUGGUUAAUUCACAGGGAUCUCGACCAGCCGGCUGCUAUCGUGGUCAAUCCUGCUCUCGGUAAGAUGUUCUGGACCGACUGGGGCCGCAAACCCAAGAUUGAAUCGGCGUGGAUGGACGGCCAGCACAGAGAGGUCCUGUUAGAUGAAGAUCUGGGCUGGCCAACCGGUUUAGCUUUAGACUACCUGAAUGAAAACCGAAUCUACUGGUGCGACUCCAAAGAGAACAUCAUCGAGUCCAUGAAAGCGGACGGAAGCGACAGACAGAUGGUCAUAUCGGGAGACAUCGGUCACCCGUACAGUCUGGAUGUGUUUGAGGGACACGUGUACUGGACCACUAAAGAAAAAGGAGAGGUGUGGAAGAAAGAUAAGUUCGGGAAAGGAGACAAGGUGAAGGUGUUGACCAUAAACCCCUGGCUGACGCAAGUACGCAUCUACCAGCAGCACAGACACAAUCGCUUGGUUGUGAAUCUGUGUCAGGACACGUGCAGUCAUCUGUGUCUGCUGCGGCCGGCUGGAUUCACCUGCGCCUGUCCGCAGGGUUCAACGCUUCUCCCCUUCAAUAAGAACGAAUGUGAUGCAGCCAUUGAGGCCGAGGUCUCCAUGCCUCUUGCAUGCCGAUGCAUGAACGGAGGAACGUGUUACACGGAUGAGGGCGGCCUGCCCAAGUGCAAGUGUCCGUAUGGUUACUCGGGUAGUUUCUGUGAAAUGGGAAGAUCUCGAGGAGCUCCAGCAGGCACAGCUGUUGCGGUUCUGUUAGCAAUGGUUAUUAUUCUGAUAACUGGAGCUCUGGUGGUGGGAGCUUUCCUCAACUACAAGCGCACCGGUUCCUUCAUUCCAUCAAUGCCUAAACUACCCAGUCUGAGCAGUCUGGUGAAGUCGGGUGACACUGGAAACGGGGUGUCGUUCCAUUCGGGUGACAACGUGACCAUGGACCUGGAGCCUCAGACUCUGGGGGUGUCCUUCAUCGACAGGGCCAUGCAGCUGGAUGAGAAUUUUGCCGACUCUGGGAGGCAGCCGGUCACGUUUGAGAAUCCUCUGUACUCAUCUGCAGCCGGCCCGUCCAGUGACCCCGCAGUACUUCAUGCCACACAGGUCACUGUGAAUGUCAGCGGUGAGCAGAAUAACUUCUCAAACCCGACAUAUCACGCUUAUGAGCAGGCUGUGGAGGUGAAGAGCGUCCCCGUGGAGCAAAACACCACACAGGAGUCCAAAUGGAGUUUCUUCAAAAGAAAACUGAAGCCGAGCACGACGUUUGAAAACCCGACAUUUUCAGAGAUGCAGGGCGAGCGAGCUGUCGCAGGUGUAGAAGUCAGCGAUGCACAACCCUCUCCAUUCGUUCCUCCUCCCAAACCUCAGAAACGAGAGAAACUCAGCACCUUUUCUCCAACAGAGGACACCUUCAGAGAUACGGCCAACCUGGUCAAAGAGGACAGUGAAAUAUAACCACACACACACACGGGACAAGACGGAGAAACUCGCUCCCUUUGCACAGAAAUUAUUUUUAUAUGCAUCCGCAUACAACAGAGAUCAAUGCAAGAUUAUUGUAAGGGUUGAGAAUAGAUGUUUGUGUAACGUACAGAACGCGAGGUCUGUCCAGAGUUUGCCUUCACAAACGUUGAAUGCCAAUUCUUGUAUGAUUCGUCUUUUUUAUUGUGAUGUUUUAUUUGUGUAUCUUUGCACUGCUGCUGCCGAAUGGGAGAAUGCGUUGAAUAUUUUGUACAUUUGUAAAUUGAAAAGAUUUUGUUGAAAAUAUCCUCGGCUGAGAAGUUAUUUUGAGAUAGAUUAUUCUUAUUUCCUGAAGUACGCAAGCACGAGUGAUGUGCUUUGAGUCUUUGCCAUUUUAUCAGAUUAUUCUUAGGCGUCUCUUCUGUAUAUAUACCUCAUGUGGGGAGUGACCGGCGUGAAGAGCAAAAAUCAGCAGUUUCUUUGAUUCAGUCGACAUCAUGAUUGAGUCAUGUCAUCUGCUUGUGACGACUAUGAAUGUAUGUACUACUGUAUGUACACUAUAGUAACAUGGGGUGAACAUCAAUGGUGUCCAUAUCAGAAGAACACUGUAUUCAUCAUUGAGCGUGACUAUAAACAUAAGAUUAUGUUGAUUUAUUCAAGAAAGGGACUCUCAUCUAGAAAGUCUUGACACAAUAAAAUGCAGUUUUGUAUUUUCUCUGCCUGCCAAGAGUAAAUAUGAUAGAGGCAGAAAACUGUCAAAUGAUACUUGAAAUUGCCCAACCUAUUCUGUAUAUACAUGUGAAAUAAAUCUGAUGGUUUUGUAAAUCUGUGAUAUUCCACUAGUGUGAAGGGCUGUUCAGAUUUACUACGGUAGUUUGUAAGUGGCACUGGGUGGUAAAGGCGAUAUAUUUUGAGUGAUUUUGUAUUAUAACGAAAAUGAAUAUGAUGAAUGUAUUCAUCUUCAUGAAUGGAACUGGACACAAAUUAAUGCUGCUGUGAAAUCAAAUAAAUCCGUUUUUAACAAAUGUGCAGAUCCUUUCGAAAGAUUUCACUGUAUUGUUCCGUCUAAAAAAAAUGUAUAUCCCAUGUAACUGAAAUCAAACAAUAUUUGGUUACAUAAUAUAAAAAAUACUGC